AGAAAAUGGCGUCACCGUUCGUGCUGGCUGUGCAACCGUGGAAAACGCACUUGUUCCGAGCGCUUUUAUUAGAGUCAGAGUUGAUUUGGACUCACCCCGACCACCCGCAUCGACAGAGCAAGUCUGCGGGCCCGCUUGGGAGUGAUUUUGGCACUUCGUAACAAAAUAUACAAGAGGAGAGGACGCGUAAAGGCGGAAGGGUCACCAGACCUGUGCGCCAAAGCAGCUUCGGGAAGAUGGCACGGCGCCGCAAAGCGCAGCACUUUAUCAUUUGGACGUGCCCUGUAAUCGCGCAAAUCCUCUUGAGAGUGUUAGUGUUACACUGUGUGCGGACGCGGGUUUGUUAAGACCUAGCAGAGAUGGAGGCUUGUUACACUGAAGAUCAGGAAAACCUGACCAAUGACAAAAGGUGUCAGACGGAGACACUCCAGCUCUGCAGUUCCCAAACAACACAAACCCUUCAAGAGCCUUGUGGAAAUAAUCCAGAGCAUUUGAUCGAGCCCGGAGAUCCACCACUGCUUCAACAACAGCUCCAGACCUCCAAGUCAGGCAUUCAUCAAAUCAUUGAGUGUUUUCGCUCAGGUACAGCUCAACUCAAGCAUAUGUUGUUGAAGGAAGUUGACACCAUAUUUGAGUGCAAACGCUGUCGAAGUCUUUUCCGUGGCCUACCAAAUCUGGUCACACACAAGGAGUUUUACUGCUUUUCACGGCAACCUCAGUCAGAUGAUCCCUCAGAAGGCGGGCAGAGCCAGGCCAUCAAAGAACUUCUUCAAGUUAUCUAUCCUCAGAAAGACAGCGAGGAGAAUAUCAUUCAGCUUGAGACCAUUGAGACCAACCCCAAUGCGGUGUUUCAGCACGUGCCACCAGUCGAGGACCAGGACGCACCCGAAACCCCAACCAUCGCCACCAAUGCCGAGAACUCACUGCCUGUGAAGAAGAAUCGGCGCAAAUCUAUUUUGGCACCCAAAAAGGUCCAGCAGUCAGACAUUGAAGAGGAGAUCCAAAACGAACCUGAAGAACCGCCCGCUAAAGAAGGCCCAAGCUCCGAAGAGCCAGAAAAGACCGAACAGCCCGAAGCGGAGGAUGAGGAAGAAGAGAGCGCCACCUCUGAAGUGAAAGAGAUGAGAAUCUCUUGCUGCCUUUGCGGGAAAGACUUCAACUCCAGACGCAGCAUCCGCCGUCAUUGCCGUAAAGUGCAUUGGCAGAGGCUGGAGGAGUUGCGCAAGUUCACUGAAACACGCACGGUUCCCAUCAGCCUGCUGUCAGUGGUAAAAGACAAGUGUUUGGUUGUUGAACCUACUCCAUCUCCUGGGAAGAGCUGCCCUGUGUGCAAAAAGUCCUUCGCCACCAAGGCCAACGUCCGUCGGCACUUCGACGAGGUCCAUCGCGGUUUAAGGCGGGAUAGCAUCACGCCGGAAAUCGCCACGAGACCUGGCCAGCCUCUUUCACUCAGUCUUCCCGCAACGAAGCCCCCGAGCCGUCCUCUGAAGCAGGAACAGGCGCAGGCACAGAACAACCUGACAAACUGCCGCUGCAAGCUGUGCAAGAGGAAGUACAGCUCGCAGGUGAUGCUCAGGAGGCACAUGCGGAUCGUCCAUAAGAUACACACCCUUGCGAACGGUUCUACCGCCAACCGCAGCCUAUCCAAACAGAAGGCCAAAACAAAGCACAACAAAAAAUACAAAAAUAAGGAUGGUGCUCACGGCAAAAUGGUGAAGUCUACCGAGGAGAACAGUAACAACGGCGUGAGUUUCGACUUCAGACGGAUCUACUGCUGGUUGUGCAAACGUCAGUUCAGUACCGGUCAGAAUCUGAGCAAGCACAUCGCUGAGCUGCACACGGACGGAACGGACAGCAUCUACAUCAAGUUCUACCGCUGCCCCAUCUGUCGAUACGAGUCGCGGCGGAAGCGCGACGUCAUCCGCCACAUUACGGUGGUACACAAGAAGUCGUCGCGGUAUCUGGCUAAGGUCAUGCCUGCUUUGGAGAACCAUGCGGUGAAGAAGCCAGCCGACGCCAUUUUAAGCAGCAACAAGAACACUAAUUCAAAAGAAGAGGGGAGAUAUACCGACAGCGAUGAGCAAGACCCACCGGCAUCCCCAGACAUUAAUCAACAAGAUCCUCCCAAACCAAAAAAACAAGAAUCCCCAACGUCACCCAACACACGAAAGAAUUCUACUCUCACAUCGCUGAACACGGGCAAACAAGACUCUCCGCUUACCCCAAACACAUACAGGCAAGAAAAUAACCUUCAGGUGUCCAAGAACCCGCAUGUGACUCGGAGUCAUAAUGUUAUGAAGGGGCCGCCCAUCACUAGAAGCCAGGAGUCUUGCACGGAGGUCAGGGUGACGAAAACCUUUUCCCUCCACGCAUGCGAUAUGUGUGGCCGCGCGUUCGCCAAAAAGGUCUACCUUGAGACACACAGACGAAGGCAUAAGACUGCCAUCACAAGUGGGAACAAACUACAAGGAAGAAGCACUCGAUCAAAGGCCCUUAUUUAACUGUUUUUUUUCUCUGAACACGUAGCACAUUUGCACUGGUUUCCAUGGAUGGGUUUAUCUCCUUGUGGAAGAAGAGGAUGUGAUAUGGACAAGCUUGGGAGUAGAAAGCCGAGGAUAACUCGAGUAUGAAUCUAGCAUGAACUGCACCAAAAAUUGCGUUUCCAGCUUUCUACUCUGGAGGGCGCUGUUACAAAAGUUAUGUUAUCCACCAUCCAAAAAGAAAUGUAUCUUAUUCGAGGUUCAAUAUCAGUUUCUUUCAUUUAGUCUAGUAUUGGUGUUGACGACGUGUUUGAUCAACUUUUAGAAUGAAUUUGUUUGUACUCGGAUUAUACACUGUUUUUUUGUAAUCCCUCCGACAGUCUUAAACACAAAAAGAAUGUUUCAUAAAAGAGGCGGAGGUGACUAUAACUUCUUUGAAAUGUACAGCAUGUCUAACUAAUGUUAAAUAACCAUAAGUAGAUAAAUAAAUGUAAGUGCUUCAUGUUUUGUUGACGCGCGAUCACCUCUCUAAUCAACUAUAUGGAUUGAAAUGCUGCUAAUUCAUUAGAAAUGUACUCUCAUAUUUCUUCUGCCCUUUAAGUCAAAGCCUAAACAUUAAGCUGCUCAGGAUGUGUCUUUCUUAAGAAGUAAGAUUUGUUUAAACAGCUAAAACUUUGUGUUAGUCUAACUAAAGGUUGCAUAUGACUGAAAAGAAAUAGAAUGCUGUUGACUUUGUUUAGUUUGCUAUAGCCUACUAAUAACUACAGUUAUUAAGAAAAUUAUUUUGAAGUUUUAUUUGCUUCCAUUGUUGCUUUCAAAUAGUUAUAAUGAUGUAACUGGCAUUUAAGCAAGUUAAUUUCAAGUACCAUUUUGUUUAGUUGGAGUGCAUGCUGAAUGCUUUCAACCCUUAGUUUGUGAAUGCCAUAGGGCUUUUUUUUAAAUGCCAAAACCUAGAUUUAUUCUGCCGGGGUACUGCACUCCUUUUUAUUUGCAAAAUCCUUGCUUGCAGUAGGAUAUUUUGGUCAAAUAAAAAUAAUUAAAA